GGAAAAUGUAAUAAAAUUGUUGAUGUGGAGGUUUUGGAAUAUAUCAUACCUCAGUCGGUCGUGCUUUGCUGGUCGCAGUGUGGGAGACGCGGAUACAAGUGAUAUAAUAGAGGGCGAUGGCACAGUUUAUAUAUUUGGUGUUGAUUCCUAUGGCGCUGUAUGGACAGUUAUGUACAUCCCACGAAAACCAAGGUGACCAAGAGUAUGACAUCAACAACGAAUCAAAAGAAGCAGCCGAAGAACAUUUAAAAGAACACCUGAAGGAUAUAACUGGUGAUAAAUUGGAUCUGAAAACGAUGUCAACAAGAGAGAGAGCCAUUUACACGUUUAGAGUCCACGAUUUGAAUAAGGACAACCAAAUGGAUGGACUUGAGGUUUUUAAGAUUUAUUCGGAACACAACUACGGCAGGAGAGAAAAGCAAACAACUGAUGAAUAUGAAGAAGACAUGAUAGCCAGGGUUGACAGAUGGCUGGAGAGGUUUGACUUUGACAAAGACGGCUACGUAUCACUGGCCGAGCGCUUAAGGUUAGAAAAUCAAUGAAGGAAAUUCUGAUCAACGACGACAAGAGAACGUUAUGAUUAAUAUGUAUUUGAGAUCAAAUUAAACAGUUUACAAUUUAUUCCUCGAAAUAAAGCAGCUU